AUGGAACCUGUUACUUGUAUAAUGCAGUACCGCCAACUCAGGAUAUACAGGCAUCUAGCUGGUUUCCCUGUGGAUGACCCUGUCCAUCAGCGCUUCAUUCUGGACGUGGGCGGUCUUCCGCUUUACAAGGCCGUUGGAGUCCGUGACAGCGUGGACGAGGCUCUUCUAGGGGAAGAGUUGGCCUUUCCCGCGGACUGUGAACUUGGCCUUCAGGAGUGCUUUGAAAAGUUACACUCUCGUUAUCGUCAGUGGAUGGCAAACCCAGACAAACUCAGCACUGUUCCCCCUCUUUUCAAGUCGCUGGUGUACUGCUCUGGCAUAUCGCAGGGCGGGGAAGCCGAGUGGAACUUUGCGUAUGAGCAGUUCCUCCGGUCAGACGACGCGGACGAAAAAUCUGUUCUCCUUUCUGCCCUGGCGUGUAGCAGAGAAACCGAUGUGCUGAAGAGAUAUCUGAACAUUGUUGUCAACUUGGUCGGUGCUAUAAGCAAGAAGCACGGACUCAUGAGGAACAUCCUGGGCGUAAUAGGAAAGGAUGAACCUGGUCGGCCUUUGGUGCGGGACUUCCUUACCCAGAACUGGAACCACCUUUUUUUACACAAGAAGAAGAGCAGAGGCGAGCUCCUUGAGUCAUUAACAUUCUCUUCCAACACGAAAGCGGAACUAGAAAUCGUGGAGCGCUUUCUGAGUGGCGGAGGCGUCGACUUAGCCGGCAACAGGCGGAAGAUCCACCAGGUGUUGGAGCAGAUACGCAACAACAUCGCCUGGACCGAUGCUAACUGUGACGUCAUAGCUCAGUUGCUGGAGGAAAUGGGCUAUUCGUGA